AUGAUUGAUGCGGCGUCUUCACCCACCUCGCCCUUUCAUAUUUCCCAUGUCAACGAAUUCACAGAUGUUACCGUUCACCCUCCACCCGCACCCAAGGACACCUCUGAUGAACCAGGGACCAAAAAGCGCAAAAUCUCUGCCAGCAACGGCACCCCCGCAAAUACGGAUCCUAGCAGUGCUCGGUAUGCGGAGCAAGUGUUAUCCAAUAAGCGACUCGAAAAGGUUCAAGAUCUCAUCAAGAGAGAAUGCGAACAACUUGUGGACUGUUGCGACCGAGUCAAACUAUGGGUGAACCUUAAUAUGCCGAGAAUCGAAGACGGCGAUAAUUUCGGCGUCCAAGUGCAAGAAGAGGUUCUGAACGAACUACACCGCUCCCAGGAGAGUGCGUACAACCUACGCGACUUCGCUCGUCAGCAUCACGUUUAUCGAGCCAAGCUCUGCUCGAAACGCAUCAAGUACCCCAAUGUCGAGGACUACGUGGGUGCUGUGAGGGAGCAGGAUGAAAGGCAACUGUAUCUCGCGCGCCAACACCUGCACGAUCUUCGCAACAUCUAUGCCGUGUUAACGGACAUCGUUCACAAAAACAUCGCGAAGCUUCGUUCUCCCAAAGGCAACAACAGCGGUGGUAUGUACUGA